GUAUUUCUAAUAAUCGUAUAAAAGAGAUUGGCAGUUGUAGAAAAGGUAUUCAGUUUUGAUAACGAAUCCAACAUGAAUUUACAUUGGAUUUUAUUAGCAGGUAUUAUUCCUGUGAUUGCAGCUUUUCCUAAUCUUAUACCUCCUAGUUCCGUGACUACGGGAUCUCUGGUAGAGAAACAUGGAUAUCCAUUCGAGGAGCAUGAAGUUCAAACUUCAGAUGGAUACAUUCUGACAAUGCAUCGAAUUCCCUAUUCAGCACGCGUUGAAACUCCUGAGCCACGUCCAGUUGUCUUCCUGAUGCACGGUAUUUUGUGCUCGUCAAGUGAUUGGGUUCUCCUUGGACCAGAAAACGGACUGGCCUACAUUCUCUCCGAUGCUGGGUACGAUGUUUGGAUGGGAAAUGCCCGUGGAAACACCUACUCGAAGAGACACGCAACUAUGAUUCCACUGCUGCCCAGCUUUUGGAACUUCGAUUGGCAUGAGAUCGGCAUGAAUGAUCUCCCAGCUAUGAUCGACUAUGCUCUCUAUGAAACCAACCAAGAACAACUCCACUACAUCGGCCACUCUCAAGGAACCACAACAUUCUUGGUGUUGACCUCUAAGAACUUGAAGUUCAAGAAUCGUAUACGUUCAGCUCAUUUGAUAGCCCCUGUGGCAUUUAUGGAUAACAUGAAAUCGCCUCUGGUUAAAUUGGGAGGACCGUUGUUUGGAGACCCCAACAGUUGGGUCAACAUCUUUGGAAACACUGAACUUAUGCCCAAUUCAAAAUUACUCGAAGAACUCGGUCAGCAAACUUGCAUCGAUUCGUCUUCUUAUCAAACUUUGUGUUCGAAUAUAAUUUUCUUGUUCGCUGGUUUUGAUCAUGAUAAUUUAAAUGCUUCUUUGAUUCCUGAAAUUAUGGCAACUACUCCAGCAGGAGCUUCUACCAAUCAAAUCAUUCACUACGCUCAGGAAUAUGUUUCCGGUUAUUUCCGUGAGUUCGAUCUGGGCAGAGGCCUUUUCAAACCCAAGAAAUAUCCCAUCGAAAAGAUUGAUGUUCCAAUCUUCUUGUACUACAGUGAAAACGAUUAUAUGGCAUCAGUGGUUGAUGUUGAAAAACUGAUGCGUAAACUUAAAUCAAAAACCCUCAUGCGUGCCUAUAAAGUUCCCGAUCCAAAUUGGAACCACUUGAAUUUCCUAUGGGGUUUGAAUAUCAAAGAACAAGUUUAUAAUGCUGUUCUCGAAGAUAUUGAAUCAAUGAGAUUAUAAACAAAAAAUCUAAUAUCGUCAUUUAUACGAAAUAGAAUGAAUUCAAUAAACAAAUUGUGAUAAAAAGCAAGUAAUUCAAAAGA